UGUGUGUGUGUGUGUGUGUGUGUGUGUGUGUGUGUGUGUGUGUGUGUGCGUGUGUGUGUGUGUGUGUGUGUGUGUGUGUGUGUGUGUUUUAUGGUUUAAGUUAUAAUCCUGACAGACAUGAUGAAAUACAAACGUGCAGUUGGUGUUUAGUCAAUUCGUCCCUUGUAGCACUUAAGUCAGAAUAUUAUUAACCUUCAUAAUAUUUAGAAAAAUUAUAAAAUGUACUUGAUUUUAAUGAUUUUAAUAGAAAUUAAUUUACAGGUAUUUAUUGUGCAAAUCAGAGAGCCACUUCCCAGGAUAAGCAGGAGAUUAAUAGUAGAGUAAAAUGAAUAUAAUCGUAUUUUAAUUGUGCAGUUAGUCAAUGUUUAUUUAACCUCUUGUCUUUACAGCAUUUCAAAUUCUGUCUUGUCUUUAAUCUCUGACCUUAAACCCACUGAAUGUACUUUCCUCAAUAGCACCAAAGUCUACCUCUCCUGAUGUUGUUGCAUUGACUUUCAAAAGCGUUUCAACAAUGCUACCAAGCCUCCAUAAGGAGGUUCAGCCAUCAGUCUCUACCUCCACUCUUUUAACAGAGGAUUUUAAAGCUGAAACCUCAGGUGAUGAACUCGAGGGCCCGAAUCAAGGGCCUCCGAGUGACCUAAAUGCCACUGAUGUGAGCAGGAAUAGUUUGAUGCUGUCUUGGUCGGCUCCUGAAGGAGCCUUCGAUAGCUUCAUCGUUGAGUUGAACUCAACAUCAAAUAAGUCCAAAGACAAUGUUAUUGAAGUGUCUGGAGAAGCCAGGCAGGUCCAUGUAGAUGGACUGAACCCCGGCACGCUUUAUGAGCUUACAUUGUAUGGGAUGAAGGAGGGCGAGAAAUCCCAACCAGUCAAUGUUCACAUCAAGACAGGUACAUGGACAUGAUCAUCUGUCAUCCACCAUAACUACAACAUUCAUAAUACUACAAAUGUCAUUCAUUUGUUCAUUCAUUCAAAGUCAUUCUUAAAAUGUAAAAGUUAGCUCAUCAUCUUGGGAGCAAUUCUGCAGGCGCAAGAUGGUUUGUGGGAAAAGUGUGUUUUUACACUAGUGUUUAAUGCAAACCCAAAUCCUUUUGACGUCAGAAAUUGGUUUAUUUGGUUAGUUUAAAAGAUUUUUGGGUUCACACCAAGAAACCACAUCUAGUUUGCUUGAAAAAUGGCUGUGGGCUUUGGUUUAUGUAGACUACCAUGACUAUAAUGAAAGCUUUUGAUAAUUCUAGCUUGUCUGCUGUUGCAUUGCUGUUGUAUUUAGUUUAACACU